AUGUCGGACACAAUAGUAGACGAAACCCAGAAACUGGACAUAUCGGGCGAAGGGGUUGACUUCGGAGACAAGUCGGACACCGAGUCCUUAGCCGAGACGCUCACCAGCUUUGAGUUGAUGCCAAACGCCAUCAAACGCCGGGUCUAUGCCCUCAAGAGACUUCAUCACCAGAAGAUCCAAAUCGACUCCAAGUUUGUGCGCGAGUUUCUCGAGCUCCAGAAGCGCUACGAACCGGAAUACGAGCCCCUAUUCGAGCGGCACCGGCAGAUAGUGACCGGCGAUUACGAGCCCCUGGACUCGGAUCUGCCCGACGGUCAGGCCAUCGACGCCGUGCCCAUCGAGAGCGCCGGCAUUCCUGGCUUUUGGCUAAAAAUAGUGACCGGCGAUUACGAGCCCCUGGACUCGGAUCUGCCCGACGGUGAGGCCAUCGACGCCGUGCCCAUCGAGAGCGCCGGCAUUCCUGGCUUUUGGCUAAAAGUGCUGCUCUCGAGCGCCUUCGACAGACACGUCGAGGAAUACGACGAACCCAUUCUUCAGCACUUGAUUGACAUCAAAGUCGCCGUCAAUCCCGAGAAGACUAUGUAUUCGUUUGGCUUUCACUUCUCGGCCAACGAUUACUUCGCGAACGAUGUGCUGAUGAAAGACAUGUAUUUCGCGACAAACCUCGAGGACAUCGACUUAUUAUAUCCCAUCAAAUGCGAGUCGACGGAAAUCCUGUGGAAACUCGGCAAAGACGUGACCGUCGACUGCUUCGAUCAGGGAAGUGAUGGUCAGGUGAAGACUAUUCGCCAUAAUAUGUCGUUCUUUAGGCUGUUCUGGUCGACGACCGCCGAUGAGAUCACCGAUAUUGAGACCCAGCAUCUGAUGUAUGAGUGGGACAUCAUUAGGGAUAUGAUCAACACAUUCGUGCCAAACGCCGUCCUCUUCUACACCCGGGAACUGUGUCUCACGUCAGACGACAUGAAUAGCACUGAUGGGGAAGAGGAGGAAGAA